UUUCAUUUAGUGUUCGAAAACGACGUUGGGGUUAUGGCUAUGGUGGAUGGGGCGGAUGGGGUGGUGGCCGUGGUUGGGGCUGGGGACGAGGAAUGGGAGGCUGGGGCGGCUACGGAAUGGGAGGAUGGGGAUGGGGACGUUGAAAAAUUAAAAUAUUUUUUGGAAUUAAUUGAAAAUAAAUAUUUUAUAUUGAAUUUCGAAUUAUUAUAA